AUGGCCUUCGAAGUUGCAGACGAAGGCGAUAUCGUCGAGUUCGAGGAGAAGAAGGACCUGAAGCGUGGUCUCAAGCAGCGCCACAUCCAGAUGAUUGCCCUUGCUGGCACAAUCGGAACUGGUCUGUUCCUCGGUUCUGGAAGUGCUAUCGUGCAAGGUGGCCCGGCGGGUGCCUUCAUGGGCUACCUGUUCGUUGGCAUUCUAGUUGCUGGCGUCGUUCUGUCUAUCGCUGAGAUGAGUGCCCUUGUGCCUCUCUCUGGUGGUAUCGUCCGCCAUGCGCAUUACUUCUUCGAUCCCGCCCUCUCGUUUGCCCAAGGCUGGAAUACCGUAUAUUCUACUCUGAUUAGUCUUCCCGCCGAGAUUACCGCGGCCGCUGUCAUCAUCACUUUCUGGACAACUGCGGUCAACAACGCCGUCUGGAUCACCAUUCUUGGUGCGCUCUUAUUCAUCUCCAAUCUGUUCUUCGUGCGUGUCUAUGGCGAGCUCGAAUUCACCUUUGCGAUACUGAAGAUCAUGCUUAUCAUUGGUCUGACUAUCAUGGGACUCGUCGUCGACCUUGGUGGAGGGCCGGACCAUGUCCGCAUUGGCUUCUACUACUGGCAGAACCCCGGUCCACUCGUCCAAUACCUCGGCAUACCGGGCUCUUUGGGCCAGUUCCUUGGAUUCUGGACGACUUUCUCCAAUGCGGCUUAUGCCUAUGCCGGUGUCGAGGGUAUCUCCGUCGCCGCAGCCGAGACUCGCAAUCCUCGUCAUGCUAUUCCCAGGGCCGCGAAGCGCAUCUUUUUCCGUGUGCUUCUGUUCUAUGUCUUCUCGCUCCUUAUCGUCUCGAUGAUUGUUCCGUCGAACGAUCCCAACCUUCUCAAGGGCGGUGCUGGUGCGGCGCGUUCCCCGUUCGUCAUUGCCGCGAACCGCGCCGGUAUCAAGGUCCUUCCACAUAUCAUCAACGCGGUCGUAUUGACCUCGGCUUGGUCCUCCGGCAAUUCCGGCAUGCUCGGUGGCUCUCGUGCUCUUUACGGCCUGGCUGUUGAAGGCCACGCACCUGCUUUCUUCAAAAGAGUGAAUCGCUUUGGUGUUCCAUAUAUUGCAGUGUGCAGCAUUGGCGCUUUCCUUGCCCUAGGAUAUAUGACCGUGUCCGACAACGCCUCCACAGUAUUUAGCUGGUUCCAGGAUCUUGUCGGCUCCGCUGCCCUUGUUCUUUGGAUUGUCAUUUGCACCGUGUAUCUUCGUUUCUACUAUGGCUGCAAGGCACAAGGUAUCGACCGCCACGCUGAGCUUCCGUGGGCUGCUCCCUUCCAGCCAUAUGCAGCCUGGAUCUCAGCCGUCAUGUUCUCCAUCAUCCUCCUCACCGGUGGCUUUUCUGUGUUCAUAACGGGAAACUGGGACGCACAGGGCUUCGUCGGCGCCUAUUUCAAUAUUCCUCUCAUCUUCAUCCUCUACUUUGGGUAUAAAUUUGCGAAGAAGACGAAGCUCGUGAGGCUAGAUGAAAUGCCGAUCAAAGAUUUCAUCCAGAUUGCCAAAGACAAUCCGGAGCACCCCGAUCCUCCCAUGAAGGGCUGGAGGCGUCUUGGUUUCCUCUGGAGUUGAAGCGAGAGAUAUUAUUAGGAAGUUUGUAACAGAGCUAGGUGGAUCAAGGUGAGAUUGUACAGUGAGACGGUGAUGUACAUGUACUAUACAUAUCGUGCCCGAUGCUGUAACACAACCGCUUUUCUC